AUGAGCGCUAUCAAUGUAACAGACAACACAGAGGAGAAGCAAAAGAAGAAGCAGAAGCUCGCGGCGAGAGUAGAACCGGAGCCGAGUCCGCAGAGGGAGGAGGAAGAGCCGAUGAGUGCCGACAGCAAGCUGGGCCUGCUGACGCGACUGGUGGAGAUGAUGUCCGGCGAGCUACGCGACGUGAAGCGCGACAACGAGAGGCUCCGGGCCAAGGUCAAGCGGCUCAAGUCGGGCCUUCAGGACACCAAGAGCCAAGUCGAGUACCUGCUCGCCGCCGAUCGACGGCGCACUCAGCUCGAGGAGGACGAAGCCAAGCGACGACGAGACAGCGCCAACAACUACUUCAAUAGCGGAAGCAACAGCGCGACAGACCAGCAGCUCCAGCAGUACCAGCAGCAGGUUCUCCAGCGAUUUACGGCACUCGUCCUGGUCGUCCACGGGAGCGUCGUCGCCCUCACCACCGUCGACGUCGCCAUCGGCCAACUGAUCACGGAAGCCCGACACCUGAUGCCUUUCCUCGGCCCCUACAACAUCCCCUCUCCCUUCGCCGUGCCCGAUUUCAGUUUUCCCGUGUGCUCGUUCUUGACGGCUUCGAUAUUCGAGGAUACGUCACCGGCAUUUGCCUACGUCAAUCCCGCCUUCAUGCGUCUCACUAAAUACUCUUGGAAUGAUAUCAUCGGUGCGCCAUAUGCGAUGCUGUUUGCUGUCAACGAAGAGCACUACCGGGCGUUGGCGCCAAUCAUGAUCAAUAGACCGCCCAUGACGGUGAGCGACAUGUAUCGAAUCCGAGUGCUCAUUCGGUGCAAGGACGGCAAGCUGCUGCGAACUCGGUACUCGCUCAUGUGCAUCCUCGACUGGGAGGAGGGCUGGCUGGAGGAGGGCGAGAGCUACGGAUUCGACCACUGGGUGCCGAUCGUCAAAGUGCUCUCGCCCAAGAUCGAGGACGUACCGUCCCACCCGCCCUCCAGCCAGAACUCUUCAUCCCCCUUCGACGAUCCCACGCAACUCUAUCGAUUCUCCUCGAUCACCACCUCUGCCUCUGCCACGACCUCCGAACCACUAUCGCCGCUGGACAUAUGCAACGCCACGGCCAUCGGCACCACCACCAACAACGACAGCGACAGCGGUGGGAACAGAGCUCCACUGACGCCAGGGCUCGACGCUUUCCUCUCCAGCCACUUCCCCUCUUGGUGA